GAGCAGCUGGCAUGAGGAGUGGUGAGGCUAGAGCGCGUCCGGUGUACAGACAGGCCGUCAUGCGCGCCGACUCCGCGUCAUCCGACGCGCUGCCCGACCCUACCGUCCUCCUGGAGGCAGCCGCCACGGUCGAGCUUUGCGGAGCGAAAGGCAAGCCGGGCUCGCCACGCGGCGCGAGCUGUGCGGGCUCACCCGACGACGGCGGCGUCAGCGGCGGCGACAACGGCAGCGCGAGCGGCGGCGGCAGCGUGCCCGGCCUCAAGCGGCAGCUGCAGUGGCACCACCUCGUCGGCGUCACGUUUUUCGCCGUCUGCGGUGGCGACUAUGGGAUCGAGGAUUCGGUGGGGAGCGGCGGCGUGGCGUAUUCGCUGCUCGGGCUGCUGCUGCUGCCCUGGUUCUGGUCCCUCCCCAUCGCCCUCAUGACCGCCGAGCUCGGCGCCAUGAUUCCAGAGGCGGGCGGAUACGUGGUCUGGGUGCAGCGCGCCUUCGGACCGUUCUGGGCGACGCAGAACGCCGUGUGGAACCUCGUCUCGAACACCUUCGACAACGCUCUCUACCCGGUGGAGCAGCCUGGCCGCGACUUCCCUCGCGCGCUCGGCAUCACGAUCGUGCUCGUGACGGUCACCUAUUUGGUCCCGCUCGCCGUCGCCACGCGCGGCCUCCAGACGGCCGUCUGGACGUCGGACCUUGUCUGGGAGCCGCAGCCGCCGGUGCGCUGGGGCACCUUUCUGUCCGUGCUGCUCUGGAACACGUCUGGAUACGACUCGGUGGGGGCUCUGGCCGCCGAGGUGGAGCAGCCUGGCCGCGACUUCCCUCGCGCGCUCGGCAUCACGAUCGUGCUCGUGACGGUCACCUAUUUGGUCCCGCUCGCCGUCGCCACGUCGCUGGACGCAGAGCAUGUCCGCGCGUGGUCGGACGGCUCCUUUGUUCGCGUCGCGUCGGAGCACGUCGGAGAUUGGCUGGCCGCGUGGGUCACGAUCGGAGGCGCGCUCUCCUGCUUCGGGCUGCUCAACACCUUGCUCUGCACUUCGGCUCGCGUCGCCGUCUCCGCCGCAAAGCUGCGCGUGCUACCCGCGUCGGUCGCGAAGGUGCACGCGGAGAGCGGCGUGCCGAGGGUGGCGACGGCGCUACUCUCGACGGUGCUCGCCAUCGCGUGCACCCUGCCCUUCUCGCAGCUGGUCUCCAUCUCGAUGCUCUUCUACGGCGCCACGACCCUCAUCGAGGUGCUCGCGCUGCUCGCUCUUCGCGUCUCCGAGCCGCUCACGCCGAGGCCGUUUCGGAUCCCUCUGCGCGCCUCCCCGCUCGCCCUGCUCUACGCGGGGCCCGUGCUGCUCUGCGUCGUCCUCGCGCUGCUCGCCCCGCCGGAGGCGUGGCUCCUCUUCCUCGCCUCCUCCGCCGCCGCCGGCGUCGCGCACGCGCGCAGCUCUGGCGCGACGCUCUCCUCCGCCGCGCGCGCGUGCGCGAGCGGCCCGGGGUGGUGGUGGAGGCGGAGGCCGGCGGCGAGGUACCUGCUUCCCGCCGACGCGGCGGCAAAGGCGGGCGUGCAGCUGGACGUCUUCGAUCAGGCGUCGCAGCGAGGGUCGCUCGACCAGUACGUCGAGCCCAUCCGCCGGGUGCCCAGCGGCUCCUGCCGCGCCGCAGCGGCCGACGAGCCGCCGGCCGCCGAGUUGAGCGACGAGGCCCAGUCGGCCGCGAGCUCAGCUGUCGAGUCGGCGACCGCCAGUUCAGCCACGCCCUGUCUCGCAGCUCUCACAGCCAGUGAGCGGAAGCACACCUGAGCCCGCCUCUCGCGGAAGCGGGCGGCGAUCUCGCGCGCGGGGAGCAAGGCGCCUUUUCACAUAUCACGGCGUGGACGACCGAUGUUAAAGGUACAAUGUAAUAAGCUCCCCACGCACACAC